GGAGAUAAACCCAAAUAUUGCCUCACAAGUCACAACAAUAUUCCUAAAGUCUGUGUGUUCGCCAUGACCCCAAGUCCAUCAAACCGAGAUCAUAUGGAGGAUCGUCAAUCAUUUGAUCUGGAAGAUUGGCUUCCAAUAACAGCAUCAAGAAAUGCAAAUUGGUACUACUCAGCUUUCCAUAACGUUACUGCAAUGGUUGGUGCUGGAGUUCUUGGCCUUCCCUACGCCAUGUCAGAACUUGGAUGGGGACCUGGGGUUGCGGUGCUGAUCCUGUCAUGGGUGAUCACGUUGUACACACUCUGGCAAAUGAUUGAGAUGCACGAGAUGUUUGAAGGGCAACGGUUUGAUAGGUACACGAGCUAGGUCAGGCAGCCUUUGGGAGGAAGCUUGGUUUGUACA